AUGGUUCUGAAUGAAGGUGUAUUAUUUGCUGCAAUGGAAGACGGUUCUGUUUUGGCAUGGAAAUCAAAUUCACAAUCCAGCAACCCUGAAGAAUUGGCAGCUCUAGAAGGCCAUGAUUCUGCUGUAAUCUCCCUCGUUAUCGGAGCAAAUAGGCUCUUUUCAGGAUCUACAGAUCAAACAAUCAGAGUUUGGGAUCUUCAAACAUUGGAAUGUAUUCAGACAUUAAGAGGGCACAAUGAUUCAGUGACUUGCCUGAUUUUUCUAUUUUCCGGAUCAUCAGACAAGAGUUUGAAAAUAUGGGGAGCAACAGAGAAUGGAAGCUUGGAAGUAAUUCACGAGAUGAAACAAGAAAGUGGAAUUCAUUCUCUCAAUGGGAUAUCUGAUACUACAAAAGAUCAGCACAUCCUGCUUUGUUCGACGGAAGACAAGAUUGUUCAUAUCUAUGAUUUGCCUUCAUUUGCAGAAAAGGGAAGAACAUUUUCAAAAGGUCAAGUCCUCGCUGUUGAGACUGGUCCAGGAGGCCUAUUUUUCACAGGUGAUUCCACAGGGCAGCUAUCUGUUUGGAAAUUGGAUUGA